GAAACAGCUGAUACGUAAUCCCCAGGCCUGCAAGCGUUCUGACGUUUACUCAAAAUGCACAUAUUCUACAGCGAAUUUUGACAAUCAGUCGUCGACAUCAGCAUUUCUGAACUUCAGAUCAGGAAUUGGAAUAAGUCGAGCAUGAAUGCUACCGUGAAUUCGAACCCAUUGGAGAUUUCUACAGAAUUCAAUCACUCCGUAAGGAUUUGUCCCUCGCUCAGCAAUGAAUUGGCUUUUAAAAUAUUGAAGUAUUUGAUAUUCAUAGUGAUUUUUGUGACCAGCACGUGCGGCAACUGCUUCGUCUGCUGGGUGGUUUGGAGACGACUGCGUAUGCGGACGGUGAUGAAUUACUAUUUAGUGAAUUUAGCCGUGGCCGACUUGGCUUUCACUCUAAUAUGUAUACCGUUUGACUUGCCUGUUCAAGAGAAGGCUUGCGUGUGGCCGUACUUCGUCGCCCUUUGCAAGGCACUGUUUCCAUUACAGACCAUGUGUGUUAGCGCGUCAAUUUUCACGCUGGCUGCGAUCGGCUACAGCCGGUAUCGAGCUAUAGUUCAUCCGUUUAAGGUUCAAAUGGGACUCGCUGCCGCAAAGAAGUCCAUCCUCGUCAUCUGGAUUGCCUCGUUCAUCUUGGUACUGCCGUACGUUCUGGUGCUGAAAGUAAACCCCUCGACUGGCCGCUGCGAGGAAGAUUGGCCCGAACCUAAACAAAUUUACAGUCGCCUUUACUCGUUUGUGAUCUUCUUCAUAGACUAUGUAAUACCUCUACCGAUCGUGUUUGGUUCCUACCUUAAAAUUUGCUGCGAACUGCGCCAAAACGAGCCGAACACGCCAGACGGGCAGGGGGGUAAUCAAGCGCGGGAUUCGGAAAAGGUUUUGAGAAUGUCCAUCGUUAUUACCAUAGUUUUCGCCCUUUGUGCGUUACCCAAUCACAUCGUCUGGCUCGUGCUCGACUUCAACGGUAGUAACUGUGCGCAGUGCAAUACGUGGGUUAUCUUGGCUAAUAUUUUCAUUUUUGCUAAUAGUGCAGCUGAUCCCAUUGUUUACACAAUAUUCAACGAGAAAUAUCGGGAGGAGUUUAGAGGUCUUCUAGGAUGUCGAAAGCUUGGAGCAAGGACACAAAAUGGGAACAUUAUUGACUUGAACGAGAGAGCGGAAAGAGUGCCAUUGUAGGCUUCGAGAAUACGGUGGAAUCCCGAUUUUCGAACUUCCAACUGAAGGAAAACGAAAAGCGGUCUGAAAAAUCACAGUUUUCGAUUGAGGAGAGGGAAACGAAUGUUCGUUCGAAAACACCAGGGUUCGAGACAUUGAGAUUCCACUGUGCAUCGAGACGACGCCAACUGGGUUAUAUUUUAUCAUGAAAAAGAAGGUAGCCUUAAUGCGCCACUUUCAGUGGAAGAUGACGAUUUUCACCUUAUCUCUAGCUCUAAGGCUCAACGGUGCUUGAAAAUUUGUAUCGUUUCAAGGAGCAACUUUUCAGCUUAUCUGCUCCGACUAUUCUUGACAUCAACAAAAUUAUUACUGCAAAUUGACGAUGUCAAGCUUUACUAAAGAGGGAUUAAAAUAUCUAACGACGCCAAAAAAGAAUAAUCUUCAAUGACUGCUUAAGGGUCAGAUUUUUAAAAAAGAAA